CUAUACUGGAUAUGAAGUUAUGGAAAGUUGUGGAAGGUACGUAUGUUUAAGGGUAGCCUGGCUCAAAUGGUACAGUUCGUGUGUGUGUGUGUGUGUGUGUAUGUGUGUGUGAGUGUGUGUGAGAGAGAGAGUGCUAGAGAGAUCUGUGUGUGAUCUGCAUGUUUUUCUCGUAUUUGUAUACCCUCUUCUGUACCUUUGCUGAAUUGGUGCUAUACCCCAGAUGUACACUUCGAAGUGUACACUUGUACACUUAAGGGUCAUGUGAUUGGCUGGCAUACUGUCCAGGGAACGUUUUGCCUGACAUGCUAUGCUUGCCAGGGCAAGCUCUGCGUAACUGAAACCCUUGGCUAAGUUACCAUUUACACAUAACGCUUGUGAGCCCAAUUUAUUACACCAUAGCACCAACUGAUGUGCCCAAAAAACUGAGUAGUGUGUGGAAGUGACCCUUAUCAACAACAAUGAUCAAAUACAUGCUGUGAUGUAAAACUUUCUUCAUACUUAAAUUGUAAUUCAUUGUUUGGUCGGAAUGCAAUAAUGAUGUAAAAUGCAGCACCUCCAGUUUACUUGAUAAACUGCUGUGAGAGUUUAGGCCGUACAGUUGAGUGUGAAAUUCCAAGGUCAGCCCUAAGCACGCAUGACCACGCAUGUACUACAUAAUCAGCGCAGUUUACAUCCGGCCCAAAGAAUGAGCUUUGGAGUCACAUUUGAACAGCACGAGAGAUUCUGCAGAACCUGUCAAACAACAUACUGGGACCUCACUAGGGCUGAAAAAAUCUUGCAGAUACGGCAGGUUUGCACAGAAGUGCUAUAUCUGAUAUGGGCUCCAGCUGGUAUCCAGUGAUACUUGCGGAGGUUUUUGGAUGAGCUCCUAUAUGGCAAGUCGAAGCUCAGUCUGGACAGGGCUACAGCAAUCUUGCCUAGAAACUGAAUACCGGUAUAGCACAAUGGAGUCUUUCAUAGGCCCGAGCAUCCCGAUAGAGACAGACGAGUCCAUGACUGUGCAGGAGUUGGUGAACAAACUGAAGCAGCAGCAGUGCUUGGCAGACAGUGGCUGUGAAUCGCCAGUAAGAGGCAGGUUCACAGCUCCCAGGCUCACGGUUAAUGAACACAGACAGCCUUGUGAGGGGAAUAUUGACUGGAGACAGCACUGGCAAAGCCUCGGGGGAGUUUCCUGUCCAACAUCAUCAAGCUCACGGUACUUCGGUGGAUCUCAGCCCCAAAUGACGGGGCCAAAAUCAUCUCCUGACCCUCCAAGCUUCUCCCAGGUCCCUGUGGAGACAGGACUCCCCGAUACUUAUCCCGGACAACAAGCGUGCAGUGGGGAGGGUUCGAGGAAUACCGCUGGCUUCUGCCCGGACUGGCAGGAUUUGAUCAGACCUGUGGACCCCCCAAGCAAGGACACAGGUUAUGAAUCUCAGACUCAGAAGGAUAUAUGUGAAAUCGACCCGCCUCUUCCCUUGCGCUCUGAUAUUGAAUAUUACGGCCUUUGCAUGGAACAACAAAGCUGUAAUCCCAUGAAGGGCAGGCAAUGUGGCACUGCUGGUCAUCAGCAGGUUCCAAGGGAAAGUAACGAUCCCGGGAAGUGUGGCCCCCCGGUGCCUUUUGGCUAUUCUCAGCACCCGUACUACCACUGUAAGUUCGACAAAGGAGGUUCCUCAAGCCCAAAUCGCUGGCCCAAACCCGAAGGCCCCCCCAAAGCUGCUGUCGCCGUCAACGCUCUGCGUUCUGCCCCUUCACCGGCAGAGGUCAUGUCUGAGGUCUGCGUGGUCCCUGUGUCACCCCAGGCUCCUGGCGUGGGUGAGGCUUGCUCCCGGGAACCAGGGAUGAAGAAGACCAUCAGUCUGCCUAAUGAGUACCGGAAUGUUUUUGUGACGUACUCUGUGGAUACAGCCCCUGAAAUGGUUCCUUUUGUUGAGUUUCUGACCAAACAUGGCUUCUGUCCGGCGAUUGACAUAUUUGACAAUCCCGUUAGACGCAUGGAUAUCAACAUGUGGAUGGACAGCUAUUUGAAAGAUAAAUCAGUGCUUAUAAUCAUAGCCAUCAGUCCCAAGUACAAGAUGGACAUUGAGGGAUCUGGCCGGGAUGCACAUGGCCUGCACACCAAAUACAUCCACUCCAUGAUGCAGCACGAGUUCAUCCAGCAGGGCAGCCUAAACUUCAGAUUCAUCCCUGUUCUCUUCGCGAACGCGACCCAGAAACAUGUACCAGGCUGGCUUCAGAAUACACGGAUCUACAGGUGGCCCCGUGAUGCGGAGGACAUACUCCUUAGGCUACUCCGUGAAGAGAGGUACAUCCCUCCACCCAUGGCUUCCACGCUCACCCUCACCAUCCGCCCGGUGGGCUUGGACCACGCCAUCACCAUGUAACCACUGAAACAGUCCCUCACUCCUGUAAAAUAUUCAUGUUUUUAUUUCAUGUUGUUCUCAAAACAGCCCAAAUCUCCUGUCUAUAUUAAACUACUGUUGUAGACUGUGUGUUCUGUUAUGGAAGUACUAUUAUAUUGCCAAACUGUUAUUACAUAUUGUUAUUACAUAAUGUAAUCCCACCAAACACUAUUUUUUUACCAUUAUUGUUUAAGGAAUUCAAGUUUUUCCCAAUAAUAAGUCCAUAAUAGAAUUUCAAAUCAAUAGUUUGACUUAAAGAACACAUGAGCUGUAAUGGUAAUAAUUAAUGUCAUUGUCAAUGAGUAUAUAGUGUUUUCACAGCUGCAUUUACACAUUGUAAUCAUGUGUGUUUGAGCCAAAAUUCAGACCAGACCUAGUAUUGGGUUUGUGGGAGUUUAACUUACAGAUAAAUAUUCUGAGGGCAAAACAAAAAAUUAUUGGUUCAGAGAGAUAACCAAUCAACAUCCAAGAUUCUUUCAUUCUCACAUGCAUAGUUAUACAGGUAUAACAUGCAGUGAAAUAUAUCCUGAACCACUCUUUUGACUGUUCAACAUUAGAAUAAAUCAGAUUGUAGAGGAGGCAGGUCCAAGGAACUAGAGGAGGUGGGACCAAGGCAUUUGAUUGGUUGGUCUGACAUCUGACCUAGAUCUGACUGGUUAUCUCUCUGAACCAAUCUUUUUUUGUUCUGUCCUUGGAACUUUUUUGAGUAAGUAAAACUCCCAUGAUCUAGUCGUGGCCUGAUCUUAGUCCUUGGUAACUGGCUGUAUUAUUAUGAUUUUUAAGUUAUAUAUAUGUUUUUAUUUUGAUCUUAAAGUACCUGUCAACACAAGUCUUUAGUUUUCCUGGAGUGGCUUCGGUAUAAUUGUGCUUUGUCAUGGAGAUUAAGCUUAGGGUGCUGAAACUAGUUACAGUAACAUAGGAGGACCUGCGAUCACUACACAGCAAUCUUACAGGUUUCUUCAACAAUAAGCGGUUUUACUUGAGUGAUACGGUACUAUCAGCAAUUUGCCAAGUACAGCAAGCGGACUCUGCAUUACAAGGUGGAAACAUAUUAAAUUGACCAAACUGUC